CCAUGAUGCCAAGUACCCAAGAAGCUAUAUUUGCUGUGCUGUUCUCUGUUGUUCUUGUCUUCAAUAUAGCAGGAAACUCCCUCGUUAUUUACAUCAUCAGGAAUGAACGUGGAAUGAAAACACCCACAAACUAUCUGCUGUUAAACUUGGCUGUAGCAGAUCUUUUAUUUGGUGUUUUUCUUGCUCCUGAAUACAUAUUCCUGCCUUUCUUUCGUCAUUCCUUGCCAGAUGGAGUUCUUGGCGAGUGGCUGUGCAAACUACUGUUAGCAAGUAACAUCGCUUGGAUGGCGUGCAGAGCUUCUACUUUCACCAUGAUUUGUUUAUCAGUUGAACGAUACUUUGCUGUUUGUCGUCCUCACACCUUCCGUCAGCGUUUCUCGCCGAAGAUCGUCAAAGUGCUCGUUAUGGUGUCCUGGAUAUAUGCUGUCGUUAUCGCAUCACCCUCACUUGACUCGUUCGAGAACGAACUUCAACCUUACUACUCUUCCGCUCAGGAAUUUUGUAACGCGCAGUACACGACUCACCACCAGCCACCCCACAGCGCUAGUUUUUUCUGGAAAAACCCUUCCACGCAGUUCUCCAUGGUCGACAUUUUAACGCUUUUUUCAUUUGUUUUACUCGAAAAAGGGAAGAUAACUCCAGAUAAUUCAAAACAAUAUUGGGGUUAG